AAGUAUCUAAUCCGAAGCAGUUGUCGAGAUGAAGUUCACUAUCGUUCUUUUGGCACUCGUUGGCCUGGUAGCCGCCGUCAGCGUUCCUCCCACCAACAAGGUUACAGUCGCCGAUCAUGAUUUCUUGGAGAAGCAGAAGUUCCUCCUUGAAAUUGUCUACCGUGUAGAGGAUCCAUUGAUGUUCGAAGAAUAUAUCAAGUUGGGCCAGCAGGCGGUCCAUGACAAGGCGCUUUAUACCCAUUACGAUAGCUAUAUGGAGAAAUUCUACGAGUCCCACAAAAUGGGUGUGCUGUUGCCAAGAGGUGAAUUCUUUGGCGCACUGGUCAAGACUCACCACAAACAAGCUUAUGGUCUCUUCAACUACUUGUACUAUGCCAAGGAUUGGGAAACCUUCCAACGAAACGUCGCUUGGGCUCGCAUGCACGUCAACGAAGGCAUGUUCGUAUAUGCUCUUACUUUGGCCGUUAUCCAUCGUGAUGACUUCCAAGGUCUGAUGCUACCCUCCAUCUAUGAAAUAUUCCCACAAUACUUCCUCAACAGCAAAUUAAUUUACGCUGCUGAGAAAUUUGACUACAACACCUGGAGCAAAUAUAACCAGUACGAGAAGGAGUUCAACGAUGUCUACUACAGAAACAACAAACACCACAACCAAGACUACUUCUAUAUGAGAGACUUCAAGACCUACCAAUGGUGGAAGCUUAUGGGUCUGGGUGAACACUGGUAUCCUGCAGAGAAGAACUUCCCACUGCGCGAAAACACCUACGAACUUGUUUCUGACGACAAAUAUGCGUCAUUCAUGAAGGAUAUAAAAAUUUUCUGGCAUCCCGUUGACUACACUCGUGAUAUUGAGUUCUUCAAUAAGCACUCUGUAUUGUCAUACUUCACUGAGGAUUUGGGCUGGAACUCGUAUUGGUAUUAUUUGAAUAUGGACUAUGCUUUCUUCUUGGAUGGCAAAACAUUCGGCUUGAUCGCCGGAUCGGUUAAUAGUCGCCGUGGUGAAUGGUGGCUCCACAAUAUUGACCAAAUGUUGGCUCGUUACUACAUGGAACGUUUGUCCCAUGGUAUCGGUGAAAUCCCUCAACUAUCUUGGUAUCAUGCUUUCGAACUGGGCUAUGAUCCAGAAUUGGUUUCGUAUAAUGGUGUUGGUUAUAGCUACCGUAAGAACUACUUCGAAAUACAAGCUUAUGGCAACUUCGACAUAUUGAACCAAAUCCAAAGCCAUUACAAGCGUAUCUAUGGUAGCAUUGUGUCGGGAGUUUACACUACACAGGAUGGCCAGAAAAUCGAUCUGCGCCAACCGGAAUCUAUUGAAUACAUCGGAAACCUUUUGCAAGGUAGCACUGAUAGUAUUGACACACAAUUCUUCAACGACUGGUACAUGCUGCAAUAUAUGUACCUCGCCAACGUCGAAGAGAACGAUUACGAAGUAACCCCCAACGUCCUAUUGAACUUCGAAUCCAUGAUGCGUGAUCCUAUCACCUACAGUGGAGCUACCUGGAUCACCGAAAUACUUCGCCUUUUCAAAAACCAACUCCCCUCUUACACCGAAGAGGAAAUUGGUCUUGUCGGCGUUGAAAUCAAAAAUGUCGAGGCUAGUGAACUGGUCACCUAUUUCGACAUGGUAGACAUUGAUGUUACCAACUUGAUGAAUGACAAAAUGGUAUUCGUUGAUGGUUCAUUCGUUUGGGAUAAAUCAUUGUACGCUCGUCAAAUGCGUCUCAACCACAAGCCAUUCCACUUUAACAUCACAGUGCAAUCUGACAAGCAACAAAAAGUUGUAAUUCGCUCAUUCUACGGACCUAAAUACGAUGAGUACGGACGUCUUAUCUCAAUGCAAAGGAACCGCGAGAACUUUGUUGAGUUGGAUGAAUUCGUUUAUGAGCUGACUGUUGGGGAAAAUGUAAUCAAACGCUCAUCCGAUGACUACCUCUGGACUGUGAAGGAUCGCACCACUUACACCGAACUGUAUCACUACGUUAUGGCUGCCUUCGAUGGCAAAUACGAAUUGCCAUUAGACAUUAGCGAACCACACUCUGGUUUCCCAGAUCGUCUUCUCUUACCUAAGGGUUGGGAGAGUGGAUUCCCUGUGCAAUUGUUCUUCCACAUUGCGCCCUACCAAGCAUCCGUCGAGCAAUACUCCAACUUCGACUCAAGCUACAGCAGCGGCAUUGGUUCCGGCACACGUUAUAUUGACAACAAACAAUUCGGUUAUCCAUUGGAUCGUCCAAUUGAUGAAUUCGAACUGCUCUCAAUGUCUAACAGCUACUUCAUGGAUGUGAGCAUCUACCACAACAACACCCUCAAGCCAUACUACGAGGAAUACGAGAACUUCGGUCACUUCGACUACAACUUCUACAAUCAUUACUACACCAAAUACUUCCAAUAAAUCUAAGGCUCGAGCUGGCUGUGGCAUAAACUCAAUAUCGAAUUGGGUAUAAUUAAGGAAAAAAUUAAAAUCUUGUCAACUAUUAUGUAGCGUUCAAGUGUUGAAUUAAUAUCUUAAGCGUUAUUCAAUUAAAACAAAAUACAAUAAAACAAAAAAGUGCAACCAAUCGCUACGACGAUUCAAAAAGUA